AAUACAAUCUUGAUUCAUUCUCACAUUUAUUUUCUGCGUGAAAUGGAACCACUAUUUUGUUUGAGAAAAUUUACCUAUGGCUGGCUGUCAUUCAUGGUUUAUUUUCGUCAUUUGUGAAGUGUAUUCAUUUCUUUAUUGUUGGGGACUUACAAAAUUCCUUGUAUCCUUGAACUUAUUACAAAAAAUAGCUAAAAGAAGCGAUUUCAACGAAUAAUUAAUUACAACUGAUAAAAAAGUGCAAUCUUGAAAAUCCUUUGUACGAAUUCAAAGUUGAUUGUGUUGUUAUUUUUCACUAUAUUAUUCUGGGACAAAGUCAAGAAUGUCUAGAUAGUAAAUGGCUUCUGCGUAUUGUGAUUAGGCGUAGAAACGUGUUGUUUUUUUGAUAUUGCUGAAUGAAUAUGGCACAUUUCGGCAAACGCGAUGUUACGUACAGCGCUCUGGACAACGAAUUAACUCCGCCACUGGCGGGACUGGGUGACACCACGAAUGCUCCCCCUACGUUCAUCACCCUGGACCACGAGCACGAGGAUGCCAACAACGUGAUCAUCCACAAAGUGCCCAAGAACAAAGGAGGAUGGACUCAUAUAGAGGAUUUAGACUCCUUUUUUACAAGAAUGUACAGAUAUUACGUCCGCGGGGGAUUUUACCCGAUGAUUAUGUCUGAUUUAUUUUAUUUGCUGCAAUUUAUUUUCAUAGUGUGGUUUUCCACAUUUUUGGUCUACUGUGUAGAUUAUGCAAAAUUGUUUAGAAAUGAUCCAGAUGCCAACAGGAGUGAGAAACUUAGUUUAAAUGAUGUAAUAUAUCCUCCAUCAGUGUGUGUGAACAGCGUAGCCUGGAAGUGGUGGUGUCUAAUUACGCUGUGUGCUGUCAUUUGGCUGAUGAGGCUGUUUAUAUCAAUAUACCAUUUAUAUUAUGCCUAUGACACCAAAUUAUUUUAUAACAAUGCGUUAAAAAUUAAAGAGAGUGAUUUAGUUUGGAUUAACUGGUCCACAAUACAAGACAGAGUGCGAGAGGCACAGCCCGAACAUCAUAUGUGCGUCCAUAAGCAAGAGAUCAACGAAUUAGAUAUAUACCAUCGUAUACUCAGAUUUACAAAUUAUAUGGUGGCCAUGGUGAAUAAAAACCUGCUUCCCCUGCAAAUACACGUGCCUUGCAUAGGUGACUUUCACUACUUAUCCAGAGGAUUGCAAUGGAACAUAGAAUUUUUGUUAUUUUAUAGUCCUUGGAGUCCUUGGGAGAACUGUUGGCAGCUGCGAGCAUGUUACAAGGAUCAUUCGAAGCGGAUGCUUUUAGCUCGGCAGCUUGAGAGGCAGAUCCUUUGGCUGGCGGUAGUCAACCUGCUUCUAGCGCCUCUUAUACAAGCCUGGCAGAUACUAUACUUCUUCUUUAACUAUGCUGAGUUAAUAAAACGGUCGCCGGCGUCCCUUGGGCUGCGUACAUGGUCGUUGUACGCGAGGAUCACAUUGCGUCACUUCAACGAGCUAGAGCACGAACUCCGGGACCGACUGAACAGAGCUCACAAGCCGGCCACCAAGUACCUCGGAAGUUUCUCCUCGCCCAUCACUACUGUCAUUGCUAAGAACGUGGUAUUUCUAUCGGCGAGCGUGCUUGGCGUGCUGGUCGUGUUAUCCGUGUACGACGAAGAUGUAUUAACUGUGGAGCAUGUGCUCAGCAUCAUCACUAUACUGGGCUGUAUUCUAGCUGGUGCCAGGGCCCUAAUAGGUGACGAGGAGCGGUUAGGUGGUGGGUGCACGGGCCCCGCGCGUGGUGAAGAGUUGUUCGUCCAAGUGUUGGGCCACGUGCACUACCUGCCUGCGGCCUGGAGAGGCCGGGCCCAUACCAAGGAUGUGGCGGCCCAUUUCCAACAGCUGUUCCAGUUUAGAGCCGUGUACAUCUUGUUCGAGCUGCUGAGUCCGCUCCUGUGCCCGCUCAUACUGUUCUCGCUGCGAUCCCGAGCCCUGGAUAUUGUGGACUUCUACAGGAAUUUCACCGUCAGCGUGCUGGGCAUCGGCGAUGUUUGCUCAUUUGCUCAGCUCGACAUCCGUAGACACGGUCACCCAGAUUGGCACACACCCGGCAAGUUGAAAGGUGGUAACGGCAACACUCAAUACGACCAAGGCGAGGGUGGCAAGACCGAGUUGUCUCUGGUCGCGUUCUCAUGUCGCCACCCGGGAUGGCAACCCACUGAGCCUUCGCAGCGUCAGUUCCUGCGGUCACUGCGCCAAAGCAUGCAUCAUGCUAUACCGGCUAAUAAUCAUCUUAACAAGACGAUGUUGGGCUCGUAUAUACAGCAGAGCCUGUUUGGUGCUAUAACGCCUUUACCAGCCGUUCUCUCGUACUACCCGCAGCAGAAACAGCAGUAUAGAUUACCAGACAUGGAUGAAACAAGUGACGAAGAUGAAGACCUCGCAGCAGGUCCCGCUCAUCCACCCGGGGUCACGAGCCCCACUGGGUCGUUAGGGCUUGCGGGGGUCAGUUCAGUGUUAGGGGCUAGUGCCAUGAGUAUGGAGGCGCCGAGACAGCCUGGGGAUGACACGCAAGAUAUGUCUGUUAGCACUCUACAUUUGUAUGAUCUGCAUUUGACACAGGCAGGUCAAAACGUAUCCUGCUGCACAAACAAAUGUAGCGAACGCCGCCCCACCCGGUGGGGCAGCACUGAAGGUGAAGAGACCCCGCUUCUCCAUCGACCAUAACACCGGCCGCCAGCCCCGAUUGGAACCCAUCCCGUCUGGGUAUGACAAACAAUGUACUGUUUUAUAUGCACUUACGAUCUUUUUCUUAUGAAAUAUCGCGCUUUCUUAUCCACCCCGUCUGGGUAUGACAAACGAAAUACUGUUUUAUAUGCACUUAUGAAAAAUACGCGCUUUCUUACCCACCCCGUCUGGGUAUGACAAACAAAAUACUGCUUUAUAUGCACUUACGACCUUAUGAAAUUUAAGCGCUUUUUUAAAAGUAUGUAAUACCUUUUUAUGAAAUGGUAUGUCGUAUAUGCGCUUGCGACUCUUUUUUGUGCAAUCUGGGCGUAUCUUCAUGUUGUAUGGUUGAAAUAAGUCGUUUUAGUUAGUCGCGGGUUUUUGUUGGGAUAUCGUCCCCGUAGAGCGAAAAGUCACUAAGUCCG